CGGACCGGAGCCGCGGGCGCCGCGCCUCCCUCUCCGCGCGGCCGAGGGGAGCUCGCGACGGCCUCCCCCGAGCAGGAGGCUUUUGGCGGGAAUCGCCAGUGGUGGACAGAGCAGAGACACGGAGCUUCCUCCAGGGCCGCUGCCGGAAGCUUUAGCCGGUCAAAUGCACCCUGACAGUAAAUUGGCCAGCCAUGGAAAGACAGGCGAGGCAGCCCCCCGAAGCAAGAGGCGCUGCGUGCUGGAGAGGAAGCAGCCCUACAGCGGGGACGAGUGGUGCUCCGGACCAGAGAGUGAGGAUGAUGACAAGCCCCUGGGCAGCACCCACAAUUGCCACGUAGCUGAGCCAGCGAUGAGCUCUGGCACACAGCUGGGCCCAGGAUCCAACCCUCUGCCGGCCCUGAGUGAGAGCAAUGCCUCUGGCGCACCCCAUGGCCCAGCCCCCGGCCUGCGGUCAGAAACUGGAGGGAAGCAGGCCCUGCAGGUGGUCUACGUCUUCACCACACACCUCGCCAACACGGCUGCAGAGGCUGUCCUUCAAGGCCGAGCAGACUCCAUUCUGGGCUACCAUCAGCAGCAUGUACCCCGGGCAAAGCUGGACCAGCUGGCCCCUCUCCCGAAGAUGCCGGUGGCGGCAGCAGUUGAGCCCCUGCCGAUCAACCUGUCUCCUGCCGGCACCCCCCAGGGACAGCCAGCCCUGCCCCCAAGCAGCCAGGCUCAGGGACAGCCCCCGGGGCCCCCCGCCCUUGGGCUCGGCCAAGGGCCCCUCUCUUCUGGCAGCGCUCUCCCCCUGGAGGGGGCUCCUGAGGAGGCUGGCCAGGACCUGACGCCCAACUCCGUGGGAAACAGCAGCAACAGCAGCAGCUCCACAGCCCCCGGCAGCGCCCACCCCAGCACGCCCACCGCGCCCAGCUCCUUGCCAGCCAGCACCACGGAGGGCUUGCUGGGGGAGGGGGCCAGUGCAGGUCCACAUGCGGCAGGGAACGGGCCCCGUGGCCCUCUGAACACGGAGGGCCUCUCCAAGGAGCAGCUGGAGCACCGGGAGCGCUCUCUGCAGACCCUGCGGGACAUUGAACGUCUACUCUUGCGCGGCAGCGAGGCCGAGCCCUUCCUCAAGGGCGGACCAGGGCCCGGGGAAGGGGCUGUCCUGCCCCCCCAGGCCGCGGCUCCCCCCCCUCCGCAGGCGCCUCUCUCCGGGGCCGGCCUGAAGAAGUAUGAGGAGCCCCUACAGUCCAUGAUAUCGCAGACACAGAGCCUGGGGGGCCCAGGCCUUGAGCAGGAGGGGCCAGUGCCCCCCGGGGUGGACCUGGGCCAGCCGAUGAACGUGGUGCUGCAGCGCCUGGGCCAGGAUGGCCUCACCCCCGAGCAGGCGGCUUGGCGCAAGCUGCAGGAGGAGUACUACGAGGAGAAGCGCCGCAAGGAGGAGCAGGCUGGCCUGCACGGGGGACGGCCCCUGCAGGAGGCGAUGCUGGCCCAGCCCCUGGCGGGCGUGGUGCUUCGGGGGCCCCCGCCGCCCUACCACAGCAGGCCCGGGGAGCAGUGGCUCCUGCGGGGGGCGCCCCUGGACGUUCAGGAGCAGCUGCGGCCCUCCUUCCCCGGCCCCUCCCGCUUCCCCGGUGGCCACGUCCAGAGAGGUUUUGCAGGGAUGCCGAGCCUGUCACUGGAGCCCCUUGGCCCGGGGGGCGGCGGGCCCCGCCCUGUGCGGCCCAGCUUGCCGUGGGGCGAGGAAAUGCCCCUGGGGGGGCCAGGGCAUUUUGCCCCCGGGGGCCUCCCGUAUCCCCCAGGGCAGGGUGAGGCUGAGCGCUUCCUCACCCCCCGGGCACGUGAGGAGCUGCUGCGGCACCCGCUGCUGGAGAAGAGGCAGGGGUCACUGGGGCUGGAGAUGGAGCGUGUCUUGCCAGCCCACCGGCAGGUGGAGCCCACCAUGUUUGCCGGUGAAGGCCUGGGCCUGGAGUUCGGGGGGGCCCGGGCCCUGAUGAGUCCCCCGCCACCACUGCAAGAGGUGGAGCCGAGCACCUUGGCUGCCCCUGCCAAUCUCAACAUGAACGUGAACAUGAACAUGAACAUGAACAUGAACUUGAAUGUGCAGAUGACUCCGCAGCAGCAGCAGCAGCAGCAAAUGAUGCUGGCCCAAAAGGCACGUGGGCCGGAAUUGGUGCCCUCCGAGGAAAUGGCCCGAGGGCGUGCCCCGAAUGGCACGGGGGCCAUGAUGGGAGGGCCCCCGAAGAUGGUGAUGGGCUCGCCUUUCUCGGGCCUGGGACAGCCGCCGCUGCCGCAGCAGGGCUUCUCCACGAUGCAGGGCCCGUACCAGCCUGUGCCGCAGGAGAUGGGGAGCACACCUGACCUGUUUGGCCCAGAGCAGGGGAACAUGGUCGGCACCCCACGGCUCAGCCAUGUUCCCCUGCCCCCCAGCACCAGCGCGUCUGCCACAAACAUGCAUCCGGCCCCUGUCAGGGGCCUGGGCCGCCGCCCUUCAGAUCUGGCCCUCAACGUGGGACAGAUGAACUCCCCCGGCGUGGGCCGCCUCAAGUCUCCAACCCUCAGCCAGGCACAUUCCCCCCUGGGUGCUUCCCCUUCUGCAAACCUCAAGUCCCCACAGACACCUUCUGCCCUGGUCGGCCUGCCAGCUGCCGCCGCUGCCAGUGCCCCCCUCAAGUCACCCCAGGUCCUCGGCUCCGUGCUCAACGUCCGCUCCCCGACUGGUUCGCCCGGCCAUCUCAAGUCGCCCUCCAUGGUGGUCUCCUCUCCAGGAUGGGCACCCUCGCCCAAAGCUGGCCUUUCCAGCCCUGGCAAGCCCACCCUUGCAAUGAGCAACUCUGCCCCCUUGGGCCACCUUGAGCAAGAUCCACCCCCAUCCCAGAACCCCUUAUCACUUAUGAUGUCCCAGAUGUCCAAAUACGCCAUGCCCAGUUCCACGCCACUCUACCACAAUGCCAUCAAGACCAUCGCCACCUCGGACGACGAGCUGCUCCCUGACCGGCCUAUGCUCCCACCUGGGACAAUGUCUGGCAUGGGAGGAAACCAGCCCAACCCGAUGCACGUGAACUCUGUGGGGACGGCCCCUGCUCCGAGCCCCAUGGGCCUGAGCCUCCCUGGACAGCAGCUGCUCUCCCAAGAAGUGGCAGUACCUCCAAUGUCUUCGCCGAGCCCCCUGGGUGCCAGCCUCCCCAUGCACAGCGGUGCUCCUGUGCAGAACCCAAUGAUGUUGCCCCCUGGCCCCCCAGACGCCCUUGGCCAGCCCUGCGGCCCUUCUGGUCAGUUGGUAUUUCCACCACGUCUGCAGCAGCCCCCCAGCAAUGGGGGCGGCAUCCCAAUGGCCCCAGGAGGGGCAGUUGGGCCCGGGUUGCAGCAGCCGCCCCCGCCACCACAGCAGCACUAUCCGCCCAGCUUGGGGCUCCCUCCAGAGGAGCUGCCCCCCCAACAGGUGGGCCCCGUGGCCCCGCCUCCACCACAGCGCAUGGCUGGGAGACUGCCUGAGCCCUACCCCCCCGUGCUUCCCGGAGUCGCCUCGGUGCUGAGCGACCCAGAGCUGAGCGACGUGAUCCGCCCCACGCCCACGGGCAUCCCAGAAUUCGAUCUGUCCCGCAUCAUCCCUUCGGAGAAGCCCAGCAGCACGCUGCAGUACUUUCCCAAAGGGGAGGGCCAGGGAGUCAAGGCCCUGCCCCCCUCCAACCUGCACCUGGUGAACUUGCAGAACAUGAUGGCGGAGCAGGGCCCGGCUCGGCCCAGCCCACAAGGCGUGCAGCGUGGAAUGGCCAUGUGCCAUCCUGGACAGAUGCCCGUGCUGGGCAGGACAGGCCUGCCCCCCCAGCAGACCAUGGUGGGCAGCAGUUUGCACCAAGGCCUGAUGCUGCCCCAGCAGAACCUCGUGGCCCAGCAGAACUUCCUGCUCAUGCAAGCCAAGCAGCGCAGCAUGUCCGUCUCUGGGGAGAUGUACGGGCAGCCCGGGCAUCUGAUCUCCCCACAGGGCUCACUCAUGGGCCCUCCAUCCCAGCAGAACCUUGUGGUCUCCAUGCGGCAGCGCAGCGUCUCCCUGGACGGCCAGAUGAGCUAUGGCCCCGGAGCCGGCAGCAUGGCCAACCUGCCCUUCUAAGGACUUCCUCAGCGUGGGAUGUGCCUCCUUUGCUUUGCUUUCCAAGGCCAUCCAACGGGCAGGAGGGUGGGGUGGUGUAAAUAGGUUUGGGGGAGCAGCAGCCAGCUCAGAGUAGACAAAGCCUGUCUUGGGAAGGAAAAAGUGGAGCCUCUCGACCGCCUUCCUUGGCGCCAGAUGGGUGCCCCACCCGGAGGAGCUGCCCACCUCUCUCCCUCCCUGAUGCAGAGUGGAGCCUGUGCCCUGGCUGCCCACAGUGGCCGGCUGCACCCAGGCUGGGGCUGAGACACGGCCUGAGGAGGGAAAUUUCCUCUCCCCGUUGCUCGAGCCCCCAUCCCCCACUCAGGUCUCCUCAUAGGACGGCCCCAAACCCCAUAGCCAGGUGGGGUGGUGUUCCCCACCGUGCUAUGGAUGGGUCCCCCUCCCUGGGCGUUAAUGGCCAGAGCAGGAACUAAGUGUGGGGUUUCCCCUCGUUGUUGGGCACCCAUUCCUCAACUUGGUGUUUUUUGUUUUUUGUUUGGUAUCCUGUAGGGUGCCAGUCUGGAUAAGCCCACCCAAGUCCUUCCCUUUGAUCCAAUGCCGCCCCCACGCCUUCUCCCCUGCACCCUGCUGGGGCACAGCCAUCCAAUGGCUCCUUGGCCCGAUUCUGCUUUGGUGCUUGUCAGGGAGCAGGGCCAAAGGUGAAACGGGAGAUCGGGGAUCAGAGAGCAAAACAGUCUUAGGCGAAAGAAAGGUUGCUUUCACUUUGCAGCAGGUGCUUACUUUUGAACACCCAACAAACGAAGAGAGGCUAGAGACGAAUUCUCGCCCUUGUGCCGCGCUGGAGACCGAAUUACGUUCCUAGAGGAAUGGUCAAGGGCUUGCUGCUAGAGGCACGGGAGGGCAAGCCUGUGUCCCCAGGUUCUUAGCCAGGACAUGAAGAGGCUUGCUGGGCCCUCGUGGGGAGUCCCAAGCGCUUUCUUUCCGUUCCUGGCUCUGCCUAGAACGAGGGAGCUCCCAGAUUGCAAAAGUGUGUCUGCUCCCGCUUCCCCUAUGCCUGCUCGGUGCUUGAGGAACUUCCUGGGUUUGGGUUGGAUUGGGUUGGGUGGGCUUUGGGGGAGGGGGCAGGCCUCGUUGGCUCCUUCCCACAGAUGCACCUGGCAUUGCUAGGCUGCAGCACAUCUGCGCUUUUACACUCAGCUGGUGGGUGGGUGUGCUUCUGCCCAAGACCUUCGCCCUCCAGCCCAUUGGCAGUGAAGUCCAGAAGGGAUAAGGCUUGAGGGGAGGGGUGUCAAAGAGGCACCGGGAAGAUCAGAUAACUAAAUUAAUUGCCCCAACAAGUAAGGGGGAAUACUGAUUUUUCAUGGUGUCUUGGGGCAUUUAUUCCGGCAGAGGCCUGGUGCUGAGUUUCUCCGCAACAGCCAUGCCUGGCAGAAGGGUGCUUCAGGUGAUCCACGUGUCAUGUUCAUCUGCUCGGAGCAUUCAUGGGCUCUUCCCCCCACCCCAGCUUUCCCUUGUGCUGUGAACGUGGUCCUGUCUCGUACCUCCCCUCUCUCGCUUCGCUCCCCAGCUUGAGUUGCAUCUGCUGAGUGCUUGCUUUCCUCUGCAGCCAGCCAGGAAGAGGCCAACGGAAGAGGUGCCAUUCUGGGUAAGCCAGAGCACCUGCAGCUGACGGGGUGCUGGUCUGCUCCAUGCCAUCCCCUGCCAGCCAUGCAUUUUGUACCAGUCUAUAAAUAAAAGUAUAUAAAUAAAUAUAAAUAUAAAUAUAAAUAUAUAAAUACAAUA